UAGCUGUCUUCUCCUUGAUUGAGCGCUCACCUCCAAACCCUUGAGAGUUGUACUCACUUCCCCCUGAAAUGAAGGGCUCCCAUUUGAGUGUCUGGGGGGGAGGGGGGAUAGGGUGCAGUUAAAGGUAUUUCCUUAGGGGAAAAAAAUUGCAAGCACUUUUGUACACGAUUUUUAUAAGGUUCAUAGACCGCCAGGUGUAGUACCCAGGGUCGUGACGUUGCACCUGGAGGGAGCUGGAGCUGAAUGCAGCACUUGAUGGCCAGCAGGGCAGUGAACUUCGCUUUCCUUGGGGUUAAAGUUAAAGUUAAUUGCUACUCGUAGGGAGCGGCCUUUACCAUCAUCGCGCAGACAAAACUCAGAAACUCCUAAAUGGGGUGAUUGGAAGGAAGAAGAAUUCCUUAGUGUGGAAAAUGACACUUUUAAGUAUCAAACCGAUUGCUUGGGGAUAUUCUAUGAUAACAUUAGGGACUGAAAUGCUAAAUUCUGUCUUCAGUUUCUACUAUGUGAAGCUGUUUUUACAUCUGUACAAGAUUUCAGAAGUGGCCUUUUACCAAGCCCAGAUGAUUUUAAUGAUCUGGAAUGCUCUUAAUGACCUGACUGGGUACUUUCACAACAACUCUCAGGCUGACUGCUGUUCUAGCCGUCGUAGUUCUGUUUUGUACGGUGCCCCUUUAUAUUCAAUAGCCUUCCUGCUUCCUUGGUUCCCUUGGAAAUACUAUCAAGAAGGUGACUGGCUUAGUGGACUUCACCUGGUAGUAUCAUUAUGUGCUUUUGAUAGCACGCUUACCUUUGUUCAGCAAGCUCAGUGUACACUGUUUGCAGAGAUUUUCACCAGACAUGAAAGUCGGCUUCAGCUUAUUAAAAUUAACCAAAUGGCAUCACUGGUAGGAUCCACCAGUAUCCUUUUCUGUGGCCUUAUCUCUGAUAACAUGGAAAUUUUACUCAAUUUUCAGGCUGUUGCUGUGGUCAUUGCCAUUCUUGCCUCAGCCAGCCUUUACACUGGCAUGUACCACAUGAAUCGGUUUGAACCUAAAAGAAGCCUGGAGGAAAACCUUUUCUCAGAAAGUGAACAGGAUCUCCCCUGGACCUCUGUGGUCUCAUUGAUGAGACAGGUCUUGACGCAGAAAAACUUUUGCCUUUUCCUGGUAAUGAAUUUCUUCCAAGUCUUCCAUUUAACCUUCUUCAAUAACUUCAUGAUGAUCUUUGCAGAUAGUCUCAUUCCUAAGGAUGUUCUUUCUUCUUCCAUAAGGAGCAUCAUGUAUGGGGCAGGCUUUAUUUGCCCACAGUGCCUUGUACUUAUCAGUCAGUCCUGGCUGAAGAAGUUUGGUUACUAUAAAAUCAUCUUAAUUUCCUUCUACCUAGAAGGAACAGCCUCUAUUGUCAUGUUGCUUCUUGGACAGCAAUACUAUUACUUUUUGGCCCUUUAUCUCACUAUUAUCAUGGUGAUUGUGCAAGCUUCUUUUUGCUUAUUUAACCUGCCACUAGCUGAUAUGGUUGAUGCAGAUUUACUGAAAUUCAAUCGGCAGUCACCUCUUUCCUCAAUGGUUUUUGGCAUCAAUGCUUUGUUUACAAAACCUGCUCAGUCUUUAGCUCCCAUGAUGAUACUCUCUAAGCUAAAACAGUAUGGAUAUGGAAACCCAGAUAAAAGUACAAUUUUAGAUCUUCAUGAUGCUAUGUUUAAUUUGAUUUGCCUGGUCCCCCUGGGCAUUGUACUAAUUCAGAUUUUGGUUUGGAGCCCAUUCUCAAUCAGGAACAAGACAGACUACACAGGGGCUCUUUAAGGCCAAUCCUGGAUAUCAUGGGAUUCAAACAAAACUUCAGUUGUUUAUCUGUUCUAAUAGAGUUUACAUUAUACCAGAAGGCAAAAUGUUCUUUAUAACCUCUAAUUUGUUUAGAAAACAAAACAGAUAAAACAAAAAAAUCCAACAUUUUAGGGCUUCUUGACUACAAUAAUAAACUGAAUAAGAAAAUUAAA